ACUCGUUAGUUGCAUGCACACGUUUAAUUUUCCUCCGCUGCUUUGCAACAAGUUGCGCUGAAAACUGAAGGAGAACACGGGUAUUGCAAUGGCUGAAUGUAGAGGGGAAGUUGUGUAUCAGAGCCAGGGACCCAGGAUUGCAGACUGUGCAGCCUUUGACGACCAGGCCCUGAUCCAUUCCUAUGACUAUGCUGUCCACUCCUUUAAGCCUUUCUCUUUGCAGGAGACCCUUGGAAAUGGCAGAAACCCCCUAGAAUGCAGAAUGAACAAUGAAAGUGAAUCAGAGGAGGAGGAGGAGGAAGAACAAGAAGAAGAGGUGGAAGAGGAAUACAAGGACGAAGAAGAAGGCAGGCAGUGGCAGAUUGGAGACGCUUGUCUUGCAGUAUGGUCAGUUGAUGGGCUCCUGUAUCCUGCUUGCAUCACUUCCAUGGAUCAGGAAGAGGGAUGCUGUGUGGUACGCUUCGAUGGCUAUGGAAAUGAAGAGGAGCAACAGCUGACUGCUCUCCUACCCCCUGACUGGAGACCCCCAAAAGAUGAAAAUGCAGUGAGGGAGUGGGGAAGGGGAGACCCGUGCCAAGCUGUGUGGUCAGGAGACGGCUUGUUGUAUCCGGCCACCAUUCAGGAAGUGGACGCGGAAACUGGCAUGUGCUGGGUGGAAUUCAACCAUUACAGGAACCAAGAGUGGCAGGCGUUGGCCGAUCUUUGGCCCCCUGUGGAACGCGAGCUUUCUACCCAGGAAGUAUUGAGUGAUGUUUUGCGAUUUCCAGAGGGGAGAAGUGACGAGAGCAAAGGCCAGGCAAACUCCAGAAUCCCCCAGCCACAGAAGGACCAAAAGCCUCCUCCUCCGCACAGCUGCAACGAUGAAGAAUUCCUUCUCAGUAUGCUCGUGGCUUGGCAUUUGAGUGGCUACCAUACUGGCUACUAUGUGGGCCUCAGACAAGGACAAAAGGAAAUGGCCGUUCUUGCUCCAAAGAAGAGACCUGCUCCACAUCCAAGAGUCUCUGAGCACCGCUAGGAAUUCAGGCCUUUCUCUUUUCUGCUUCAAUCUCCUCUCCUGGUGUGGAUCCCAGCUAAGACAGGAGUCUUUGUUUGGGGCAUCUGUAGUCCGAACCAGAUGAGAGUUGGCCUCGAACCUCAGAGGCAAGACCAGCAAAGGGACCUUCCAGCCGUCCCCAUCUGUACCGGAUACUUGAUCACUUUUUUUCCCCCUCCGAAGAUGGAUUUUUUUUAAAACCUCAUCUAUUUUUUCCCCCAAAAAUAAAAACCUUUUUGUCUGAU